AUGUCCGCUCACCCACCUCGACCUGACGAAUCAACCGAAGAUUCUGACUCAAGUGGAAAAACCAAGGAGUUCUGCAACGGCACGUUCUGCCAAUUAGUCAAGAACUUCCAAGUCCCGCCCGAACGCGACUUACGCCGUCAAUUCACCGACCUGCUCAUCGCCAACGGCGCGCAGAGCAUAUACGGCAAGGGCGGUAUCAUCAUUGGUAGCAAGGAUGAAGUCCUGUCCAGGGAUCGCUGUCCGUUCUGCCGCUUCGUCCAGGGCGCCGCGAAAUUCGCGCCGAAAUUGCUCAACCACCCGGGCAGAAAGGGCGAUGAUCUAUUUGUCGUGCAAGUAUCGGCCAAGCAGGAAGAUGAAUUCCUGUGGUUGCGAGUCCUUCCGGCUGGCGAUCCUGAUGGAGAGUCAACAGGCUCGCUGAUGCUGCCUGGAGAGCAGGUGGUGCUCGUGACGAGGACGGAGGAAGGAGGGUCGAGGACUGGGCGUGUCGUCGGCGCUGAUCCAGAUUACGCGCGGAUGAAGCAUUGGCUGCAUCUGUGCGAUACGAGUCCUGUGCACCGUGGUGUUUGUACCGGGUCUGACGUGGUCAAGGCCGAGGGGAGAGCAGCGACGUUGCCACGUCUGAGAGUCGUGGAUGUACAGGAUAUGCGGCUCGUGGAUAUUACCUGGCAGCAACGGUACGUCGCGCUGAGUUAUGUCUGGGGCGGUGCGAAUCCGCCCAAGUUGAUGAAGAGCCAGCUGGGAAAGUACAGUACGCCCGGCGCGCUGGAGCAACUUUUUGGUUCGAUGCCGCACACGAUUCAAGAUCUGUGCACGUUCACGAGGAACAUGGGCCUGCGGUAUUUGUGGUUCGACUCGCUGUGCCUUAUCCAAGAUGAUCUCGAGGAUCUGCUCAGGGGCAUCAUGAACAUGGAACUCGUCUACGAGUCAUCGUAUGUAACGCUCAUAGCGGCCGACACGGCGUCGGCGAAUACGGGUAUCCCAGGCAUCGGCGCGCUGCCACGGGACGUCAAGCAAGAUCGGCAACUGCUCAAGCCGGGCAUGGAGAUCAUGCGAGUACACUCUGUCGACCGACAUCUGCGGCGGUCCAAGUGGAACACCCGCGGCUGGACGUUGCAGGAGUACUACCUCUCCCGCCGGACCAUCACCUUCGUCAACAACCAAGCGUACUUCCGCUGCCGGCAGCGCACAUGGUACGAGGAACUCUGGACCGACUUGGAACCGGAGCUGCCUCGAGGCCAAGACCUCGACGUCCUCACCUUCGCGAGGGAUAGUAUGGAUCUCGGCCUGAGAAACGUCGCAACGUACACGUUCCUCUUCCAGGUGCUGGAGAUAUACCAGGGCCGCGAUCUGACGGACGAGAACGACGCGCUGAGCGCGAUGGCGGGGAUGCUAGGCCGUGUCGCGGGCAGUGCGAACACCGGGAUCGUGCAGGGUCUGCCGGCGGACAUUUUCCCACUGGCUUUGCUGUUCUUGCAUACAGGUACGGCCGCCCGCGCACCGCGGAGACGCAAGAAGUUUCCGAGCUGGUCGUGGGCAGGUUGGAAGGGAGAGGUUUCGUGGUAUCCGUUCGAUCGGUUGGACUUGAUGAAUGCGGCGGAUGAGGACAAUGAUUUCAACGAGGAUAAAGAACUCGAAAAGGCACUGGAAAGCAGUUGGGUCACCUACUACACCACUACUACUGGCGUGCAGAGCACGGAUGGUCAUGAGCUGGCAACUGAGAGGAUCUGGACGCCGGCUCGGGAGCAGGGGCAAGUUGGCGACGAUGGCAUGGUCAACGCGCGGGAGACGGGGCUCGAUUUAUUCCGUGCCCUGCCGGAUGUUGCUGAUCUGAUAUCGGAACUCAACCUCGACAGUGCUGAUGGUGUCGUCGAGACACCAAGCCAAACCCAUCCGCGCAAUGGGGAAGACAUUAUUCGUAUCCGAAACUAUCCUCUCCUCACCUUUCACACUCUGACAGCACACUACCGACUGCGAACUAUCCCGGGGGGCGGCGACGAGGACGAUGAUUCCGACGACGCUGAACGGCCGACGUUCGCGGAAUACGAGUCUCGCACGUAUGAGAUUGGCGGGCGCCACGGCGAAGACUGUGGUGUUCUCUACGCGGACGAGAAAUUACUGCUGCGAGAGGACAAUGUGGAGAAGUUUGUCGUGCUGGGAGAGUGUUAUAAUGUCGAGUUCCCGCUGGAGUUCGACGCAUACUGUGAAGAAGUCAGCGAUGAGCCGGUGUUUUGGGUCAUGCUGGUCAGGCUGGUUGAUGGGGUCUGGGAGAGACGCGGGCUCGGGCAGGUUCUGCAACGCUGUCUCGGGAAUGCUUUCAAGCCGCAGCCGCGGUGGGAGAGGAUCGUGCUGGGUUGA